UUUAGCUGCUUCUGUUUUUAAUCGAAAGUGGGUGGAAGUUUAAUUUUUGUGAUGAAUAAUGAAAUGCAAGUUAAGAAAACCUGCAACACAGAAAAGAAAGAGAAAGAGAAACCAGUUUUUAAUAUCUCAUUAGCUCUGUCAUGUCAUCAUCAGAGCAACGAAGCGAAUAGAAUGCCAAAGAAGAUUCAAAGAGAAACAGGUAAUUCAAGAAUUCAGAAGGUCUAGAAGUAAAGAAAGAACAAAAUGGUGGAAUCUGUGAGUUUCCAGAAACAGGCUAAUGCUCUGUUGAGGAAAAACUUGUGUUACCAGAAACGCAAUUUAGGGAUGAUAUUGAAACUUCUGGCAUUCCCAAUCAUUAUGUGUAUUCUGCUUUCCCAAAUCCAGAGGGUUAUUAAUUCAUUUUCAGAUAAGCUGGGUGCUAUGUCAAUGUGUCAAUGUGAUUGCUCCACCCCAGAGAAAAUUACAGAGAAAUGCAAUAUGGAAUGUAUAAACAGGAUCGUGCAGAGCAUGAACAACAUGAAUAUCUGUCCCGUAAUAAAACCAAGAAGAUGGCCACCUCUGUUCCAAUUACCUGAAGGGUUACAGAAAAGAUGCAAGAAGUUUGAAUCAUGUCCUGCACAAAUGCUGCUUACUGGUGCUAACAUGACAUUAGGAAAGGGAUUGGCGAGGAAUCUUUUCCCACCAAACAAAUACUCAGCUUCCUUAUUCAAAGAAGAUCGACUGAGAAUUGCAGAGGAUAUACUUCUAGCAAGUGAUACGGGGGCUUCAAAGACAAAUGGUUUUGAUAUGGCAUUCUUUCAGAACACACCUUUAGUGACAGUUCAAGCAGAUUGCUUACCCAAAAGUGACCUUGUACUUCCAACUGGUGAACUUGGCAGAAUGCGUAUCCCUCAAAAAUUAGGAUGCUUGCAAGCUGAACAACUAUGGCGAAGUAAUUCUUCCCUUAUUACUACUGAGGUAGUGGAUAACUUUCGGAACAAAUCCAAAAAUAAGCUGACAAAUGAGAUUCUAGGAGUAUUUGAUUUCCUGAACACAAACAAUCAUAACUUCAACACAACAGUCUGGUAUAAUCCAACUCACACAGAUGACAGUUCUGAAGUGGGUACCUCACCGGUUAACAUGACACAUAUUCAGAAGGCUUUGAAUAUGGCCUCAAAUUCCUACCUCCAAUUCUUGAGAGGUACCAAGUCAAAGGUGAUUCUCGAGUUCAUUUCAGAGAUGCCUAAACCUCUAUCAGUAACACCGAAGUUGGAUAUUUCUGCUCUUGCCGGACCACUGUUCUAUGCAUGGAUCUUUCAGUUACUUAUUCCGGUUAUGUUGAAUAACCUAGUUUAUGAAAAGGAGAAUAAACUAAGGAUCAUGAUGAAGAUGCAUGGACUCGGGGAUGGUUCUUACUGGUUAAUUACUUACUCCUACUUUCUCAUUAUAUCGACUGUCUACACAAUAUUGUUUAUAUUGUUUGCCACACUUGUAGACUUAAAAUCCUUCACAAUGAACAGCUAUGGCAUUCAGUUUGUCUUCUACUUCGUCUAUAUGAACCUACAGAUUGCACUUACGUUUCUUAUAGCCACAUUUUUUUCAGAUUUAAAGACUGCUGCAGUGUUUGGAUUCUUAUUCGUGUUUGGCUCUGCACUUCUGGGAUCCUUUCUUUUUGUGAAUAUGGUCAAAUCAUCCACCCAUGAAUCCCUCAUUCUACUUUUGGAGGUGUUUCCUCCUUUUGCUUUAUUCCGCGGGCUACAUGAGUUUGGACAAUAUUCCUUUGAUGCUCAAUUAGCCGGAGGCGUUGGAAUGAGUUGGAAGGAUUUGCGUGAGAGCGGAUUGCAAUCGGUGAUAAUUAUCAUGACCAUUGAAUGGAUAGUACUGCUUUUGUUAGCAUAUUACUUGGAUCAAGUUGUCUCAGUCGGCAGUGGAGUCAAGAAACACCCAUUAUGGUUCCUGAGUCGCAAAUUUAAUACCUGUUCAUGUACUCCUCUAGACGACCCACAUAGAAAAGGGUUCGAUGUGCUUGUCAAUAUGGAAAAGAAUGAUGUCUAUCAUGAGAGGGAAGUAGUUGAGAAGCUAAUGCAGGAGCCUUAUAAGAGCUAUCCUAUGAUUGUUGACAAACUCCAAAAGGUAUAUCCUAGUAGAGAUGGAAACCCUGAGAAAGUUGCAGUAAAAGAAAUCUCUCUUGCUUUGCCUGAAGGAGAAUGCCUUGGUAUGCUUGGUCCAAAUGGUGCAGGAAAAACUUCUUUCAUCAGUAUGAUGAUUGGUCUUACAACUCCCACUGCUGGUAAUGCUUUUGUUAGUGGGUUUGAUUUAAGGAAUGAAAUGGAUAAAGUGUAUUGUAGCAUGGGUGUCUGUCCACAGCAUGACUUGCUCUGGGAAAUGUUAACUCCGCGAGAGCACCUACUGUUUUAUGGUCGACUGAAGAACCUUACUGGCGAUGAAUUAACGCACGCUGUGGAAGAAUCAUUAAGGGGUGUAAAUUUAUUUACCGUUGCUGAUAAGCAAGCAGGAAAAUUUAGUGGCGGCAUGAAAAGGAGGCUUAGUGUUGCCAUUUCAGUGCUUGGAAAUCCUAAGGUUGUCUAUCUGGAUGAGCCUAGCACAGGACUAGAUCCAGCUUCUAGAGACAGCUUGUGGAAAGUAAUAAAAAAAGCAAAGCAAGGGAAAGCAAUCAUUCUCACAACACAUUCAAUGGAAGAGGCAGAGGCUCUAUGCAACAGGAUAGGAAUUUUUGUCGAUGGCAGUCUUCGGUGCAUUGCUAACCCGAAUGAGUUAAAAGCUAGAUAUGGAGGGAUCUAUAUCUUAACAGUGACAACCUCUUCUGCUCAUGAAGAAGAUGUAAAGGAAAUGGUACACAGGCUCUCUCCGGACGCAAAAAGGAUAUAUCAUAUAUCAGGCACACAGAAGUUCGAAUUACCAAAGCAAGAUGUCGAAAUUGCACACGUUUUCAGAGCAAUUGAGAAUGCAAAGAAGAAUUUCAUUGUACAAGCAUGGGGUUUAACCGACACCACGUUGGAAGAUGUCUUCAUCAAAGUUGCCAAAGGCGCACAGAAUUAGUAGGACUUUUUUUUUUUUGGUGUGCAAAGAAUUAGUAGGAUUGACUGCUUAU